UUUCUGGUUUUGUAGCCCGACUGGAUCCCACGUGGAAUGGUGUAAACAACUGAUAGCUGCAACCAUUUCAAGUCAGAUUUCAGGGUCUGUCCCUUCAGAGGGUGUAGCCAAAGACUACAGGGUGUACAGGAGGCCAGUUAUACGGCAGGAGAUUCAGGAUGGACACAAUGGCUAUCAUUCUGAAGCAGAACCUGAUCAGGUGGCACUGCGGGAUGGAAACAAACUGGCACAGAUGGAAGAGGCUCCACUUUUUCCUGGAGAAUCAAUCAAAGUUAUCGCUAAGGAUGUUAUGUAUAUCUGCCCAUUUAUGGGAGCAGUCAGCGGUACGCUCACAGUGACGGACUUCAGAAUGUUUAUCAAAAGUGCUGAGAGGGAUCCACCUUUUGUUGUUGAUGUUCCCCUUGGAGUUAUAAGUAGGGUUGAAAAAAUUGGAGUACAGAGCCAUGGAGACAAUUCAUGUGGUAUAGAAAUAGUUUGCAAGGAUAUGAGAAAUUUGCGGCUUGCCUAUAAACAGGAGGAGCAGAACAGACUGGAGAUCUUUGAAAACCUUGUAACACGUGCAUUUCCUGUUUCUAAUGGGCUGCCUCUUUUUGCAUUCAGCUACAAAGAAAAGUUUGCUGUUAAUGGCUGGAAAGUGUAUGAUCCAAUGGCAGAAUAUAAGAGGCAGGGCUUGCCCAAUGAGAGUUGGAAAAUAUCCAAAAUUAACAGCACCUAUGAGCUUUGUGAUACAUAUCCUGCUGUUCUUGUUGUGCCAACCAGUGUAAAGGACGAUGACCUCUCAAAAGUGGCAGCAUUUAGAGCAAAAGGGAGAAUUCCUGUGUUGUCCUGGAUUCAUCCUGAGAGUCAAGCAACAAUAACACGAUGCAGCCAGCCAUCAGUUGGCCCAAAUGAUAAGCGUUGCAAGGAAGAUGAAAAAUAUUUGCAGACAAUUAUGGAUGCCAAUGCUCAGUCACAUAAACUUAUCAUCUUUGAUGCCAGGCAGAAUAGUGUUGCAGACACAAACAAGGCUAAAGGUGGAGGAUAUGAAAGCGAAAGUGCCUACCCAAAUGCAGAGCUGGUCUUUCUGGAGAUUCAUAAUAUACAUGUCAUGAGAGAAUCCCUGCGGAAACUUAAAGAAAUUGUUUAUCCUACUAUUGAUGAGACUCGGUGGCUGUCAAACGUGGACUCCACACACUGGCUGGAAUAUAUAAGGAUGCUUCUUGCUGGAGCAGUAAGAAUUGCAGAUAAAAUUGAAUCUGGUAAAACAUCUGUAGUGGUGCACUGCAGUGAUGGCUGGGAUCGAACUGCACAGCUCACUGCACUGGCCAUGCUUAUGCUGGACAGCUAUUACAGAACCAUCAAGGGCUUUGAAGUACUUGUAGAGAAAGAAUGGAUAAGUUUUGGACAUCGAUUUGCAAUGAGAGUGGGACAUGGAGAUGAUGACCAUGCAGAUGCUGACAGAUCUCCCAUUUUCCUGCAGUUCAUUGACUGUGUUUGGCAAAUGACAAAGCAGGUAAGAUGCUGAAGAGUGUAUUUCUAUGA